AUGGUCCACUUGGGCCCAUGCGUUUCUGCCAGUGUGGAAUCUUCCCGUUUUUCACCUCACGCCAUACCGUUAUUCCCCCCCGCGCCCCGCGCGGCGGAAGGCUCGUGCCUGCCGCUGGCCUGGUCGCGGCAUUCGCCUUACUGGUUGCAGGUUGUCGGUCGUGCAUCACCGCCUUUUGAUAGGAUUACACCGCAAUAA